AUGAAGUUGAUCCUCUCCACCUCGAAUCUUAUGCAAGGCGGCAGGCCGUCUGUCAUUCGCCAGCCGCUCACACAAAAGUCCAACGUCGAACUCAUCAACUCUCUGCGCUCGAAUUUUCUCGCGUCGCAGCACAUUGAAUCCGCCAACGGGUCCCAGGCGAACGGGAAUGGGGUUUCCAACGGCCAUGCCAAUGGAUCGCAUACCAAAAAAGACUACGGAUAUUGGACGGGAGAACACAAUGGAUCACUGUAUAUUCCUGCGAUCGACUUCUCACAGCCCGGAUUGGCAGAGGAGCGAUCUCAAUACGAUAUCACCGUGAAAUUGUUCUAUCUACCAGGGAUUCCGGUAUCUCGGCGAUGCGCACACACAAGGGAGGCGAUUGAUUUGGUAUUGAAAGAACUACACGUUGAAUCUAUCGAUCUGCUGAUUGUGUCGUUUCCGGGUAUUCUCUUCGACGCGGAUGACGACAGCGAUGAGGAGGAUGCCGGAGCCACUGGCGAGCCCGAUGACUUUGACAGCAUGGUGCAGACGUGGCGGACCCUCGAGUCGCUGCAUGAGCAGGGUAUGAUUGCCCAGCUAGGCGUGGCAGAAUUUGGCAGCGAACGAUUGGCUCGCUUUUUGCCGCACACCAAGGUGAAGCCUUCCGUCGACCAGAUCAACCUCAAAGACUGCUGCGUGGUUCCCAAGUCCUUGAUCCUAUAUGCCAAGCAGGAGCAGAUCCAACUCCUCACUCAUAAUGACUGCAAUGAUAUCCUUCCAGUGGGUAUGACGCGAGAGCUUCUGGGCCCGACGGACAAAGGCGCGGGCAUCCUAGCUUCUGCCCCUGGGGCAGAUGAUGGGAUUCAAGGAGAUGUUGCGCCACAAUGGGUGGUGAAGUACACGGCAGUUGUGAAGGAUCGCGGAGUGGUCGAAAACAAGGGCUACUUCGCUCUUGCAGAUGUUGGUACAUGCAUCAAUUCGCGGCCGUGA